GUUAAUUUCGUAGUAGAAGCGAUAAGAAUUCCGCCGUGCGAUUGUAGGGUGCGUUCACUUGUGUCUGCCUUGGAGGCCUUCUCGAUACAAUCAUUGCCGCGUUAUUAUAAACACUUAGGGUUCUCGGAAAUAAACUUUGAUAAACUGUUGACCAGUUCGCGUUAGUUUCGUACUCGCCGCUGGAGGACGUAUUAUCCGCAGAAAGCCUUUGGGAGCGAGUGAAUGUGGGUGUAGGUGAGGCCGUAUUACUACAACUGGACUAAAAGAUUUAAACCCGAGAAAAAACGGCAAAAAUUCAAAAUGUCUGCCGACGGAUGUAUGCCAGAUUUAGACGACAUGAAGGACGUAUUUGACCUUUUCGACUUUUGGGAUGGUCGAGACGGGCUUAUAGAUGCAUUUAAAGUAGGCGACCUUCUGCGGUGCUGCGGACUAAAUCCAACAGACACGAUAAUCAGAAAGUCGGGCGGCACGAAAAAAAUGGGCGAGAAACAGUAUUCUUUCGAGGAAUUUUUGCCAAUUGUUAACCAAAUUGUGAAAGAGAAGGACACGGGAACGAAAGCUGAAUUCAUGGAGGCCUUCAAGUCGUUCGACAGGGAGGGCAUGGGGUUCAUUUCCUUGGGAGAGACACGGCACAUGCUUACGGCAAUAGGUGACCGGAUAGAAGACAGGGAAUUGGACGAUAUUUUAGAACUCACAGACAUACAAGCCGAUUUGGACGGCAAUAUUAAAUAUGAAGACUUUAUCCAGAAGGUAUUGGAUGGGCCAAAAGGAUGCUAGAGUCACGUGAUGCUACGCAGCCAAUGGACUGAGUGCUAAUCAUGUUGAGAUUUUGGAUAACGAGGCUGCAUUUCGGGGGUUUUGUUCAUAUGUUAGCCGUAUCUCGUGUUUUUGGUGAAGGAUUGUAAUCGGAAAUAUUCUUGAAAAAAUACACACUUCAAUUAAUACGAGAUGAAUUUUUAAAAACAAUUUACAUAUAUUUAUGAAUUGUAUAUAAUUUCAUAGUUGAAACUGAUGUUGAUUAUAUCAGAGGAUGCGAUAAAAACAAGACUCAACUUCUCCGAAAACAAUGCAGUUCCCUCUUAACUAUUCCGGAAGUUAUGUUUGUUUUUCUACUUUUAUAAGAUAUGUUGCAAGACAGUUUUCAAAAUGAUUUCCACAAUGUUCAUAAUUUUAUAUUAGAAACAAAAUUAUCAGCUUGAAAAUGUUAUUAAAGCUUUUACUUGAAUCAAAUUUGAAAUUUCAAAAAUAAUGGCAAAUAUGUGGAAAGUAAAAAAAAAUCGAGAUUUUUUUUCAAUAAUGCAAUGCAAUUUUACGUGAAAUCAUGAAAAAAAAAUGAAGAUUGUUCGAGAGAAAAACACUAACUUUUAGUACGGUUAAGUCGGAACUGAAGUUAAUUUUAGAAAUGUAGGGCCUACUUUGGUACGGCUUCCACGCGAACAUUAUGUCCAAGGAUUGAAACAUGAUUACCGUUAACAUCGGUGAAUAACAUUAGUAUAAUAGUAAUUUUGCAUUAUGAUAUAUAAAGAUUGAUAUAUCUAUAUUCUAAACAGUAUAUAUAUAGUAGCUUAUAUUAAUUGCAACUUAGGAUGUAGCAAACGGACGUAAAACUGUCGUAAGUAUAUACUGUACAUGUAUAUUCAUCGAAACGGUGUCAUAAGAUAUGUGUUAUGAGGUAUAUUUAUCUUAACUGUGUUGAUAGCUCUGCGCACUGUAAAUAAAAACAAACUUGUAAAGACUAUUGUAAACCGACAGGAAAUAAAUGAGGGGCAUUUUUUUCUCUCUAUCUCUACUUUUUCGUGUUAACAUUAGUUGUAAAAAAAAUCUGGUUUGUCAUUAUUUUUGAACAUUAAUUGAAACCAGAGUGGAAAACUUUACUUUUACUUAUUUGUAAUAAACCAAGCACGCAAAAUACAACACGUGAUCUCGGCGGCGGAUGAGCUAUCCUGGAGUUCAAUCAGGUGUUUCCAGAAAGAUAUACCGUCUCUACAGAUUUAAGCAUUCAACUGUUGUUAGUCGUGUGACGCAUGAUUCGGAUAGAUGUAAGAUAUUCACAGUAUUUGGAGUGUGUCAUACAAGCGAUACAUGUCCCGAAACAACGGCUAUUUAUGUCGUUUUUAUUCAGUGCAAUGUAAUUAUGAUACUUUGGAUUCAAGAACAAUAUGCAAGAAUGUAUUUGCAUUUUUUUUCUAUUUUUAGUUUGACUUAUGUUACUGAUUAUCAUUUUUACAUAUGCAAGUUUCAGCUCAACCGUAUUUUAUAGUAAAGAUGUUUUGUCGUCAUACUAGACUGCAAGGAAGCAUCAGUUAUUUUUAUUCUGAUAAUAAUGUGUAUUAAACAUAAAGAAAUCAGAAAUCAUUUUGCAUUAAUAUAUCAUUAUUUGUUCAUUCAUACUUACCAAAUUUAUGAAGUUCAAUUUCAUAAUAAGUUUUAUCCAUAUUCAAGAAUGAUACAGAUAAAUCUAAAUGGCGCCUUUCAAUAUUAAGGAAUUAGCUACGUUUCCCUUCUACCUUUUUUCUUGACAAAGUGGAGCAACUGAUUUAUUCAGAAUCUUUGUCUUUCAAAAUUUAACCUAAAUGCAAAGACCCGAAAGAAGACACCUCCUCGAUACCAUAGUUGCAUAGUGCAAUAUACAUUUACCCCCGUGACAAAAGGUUUAUACAAAAACUAUGAAUCACAAACUAGUAUUCUGCAUCACUAAAAUGCAGUAUUUAUGUAAAUGGUCAUUUUCAUACGAAACUACGGUUUGAAUGUUUUUUACAUAUCUAUACGGACGUUUAUGCAAUACUAUACAAAUACUUGUAGAAGUAGGUGCUUUAGUUGUCAAUAGCAACAUUCCUAUUUUAUUGUUUGUCUGCAAAAUAAACUAAAAAAAUGCAA